AUGCAGGUUUCCGCCUCCACCCCAUCCUCGGAUGGUGGUGAGCGUCCCUCCUCGGCACCUCCCCUGCGCCGCACGGCCCGGGCUUGUGACUCGUGUCACCGGCGAAAAAUCCAGUGUGAAGCCCCCAUCCCAUGUAAUUGGUGCCGCCACCAUAACCUGGAUUGCACUUUCAAUAGGCCCAUUGGGGGUAGUAAACGCAAGAGAGCCACCAAUGAGCCCACCGCACAGCCGUCACCCGGGGAGGACCUUGAGGAUAAGGUAAUGAAGCUGGAACAGCUUCUGGUGCGAUCUAUGCCGACCAAUGAGCAUCAACGCAACUGUACAGCGCUGAUCUCGCAUGGGUCCUGGCCAGCCGAUCCGGUUGCUUCCUUCAGUCCCCAACGGUCAUCGACCAAUGGUCCUCCGCCCGGCGAGUUCAUGCCACGUUUAAGCCCUGGUCUGUGCUUCGGCAAGAUCCAUUUCGCUGGCCACUAUGUGGGCGAUCUGAAUGCGUACAAUGGUAUCCCAAGCUUCUCGGUUGACGGUCAGGAGUGGGUGCAGUCUCGCACCGGUGAGGACAAGAGGUUCAACAGCCUUCAGCCCUCUCAACCUCAACAAUCGACACCACAGCUAGCCAGCUCCUUCUCGAAUACACUGCAUGGCUAUGCAGGCAUCCUCGAUCUUCCGGACCGAUCUGUCGUUGAUCAGUAUGUCCGGCGGUUCUUCUCCUCUUUCAUCCGAUUCAUCUUCCCCCUUAUCGACUCCCUUCUGUUCAAGGAGACGGUUGACCUCGCCUAUGCCCCAUACCAAGAUCCCCCGACGGUGGAAAUAACCAGUGCCAAAGCGUGCGUUAUGGCAUUCCUGGCACUUAUGUCGAUGAUUCUGCGACCUCAAGACAACCUUCCUGCGCUGGAUACGGACGUGUAUGCGGUCAAGGCACAGAACCUUUUGCCUCAACUCAUGGAUGACGUCAGCUUGUCGACCUUCCAAACUAUGCUAAUGCUGACAAUGAACCGCGUCUUCUCCGGUCAACUUCAAGCUGCCAAUCAGUGUCAUGCCAUGAGUUGCCGGGUUAUGUUUUCCUUGGGGGCUCAGCUUUUACCCAAUGAGCGACCAGCUCCGCCCUCGCCGCUCGAUAUCGAUGAUCGAGUUUGGCGGUAUCAUAAACAGCUGCGAAAUUUGUUUUGGCUCUGCUACACGCAUGACAAGGAAAUCUGUCUACGGUCCGGUCAACCGCCAAUCAUCGACGAUGAACACUGCAAUCUCUCCCUUCCUGUCGGCUACAUGCAAAUGCAAUAUCGUGAAGAUGAGGGCGCUGAUAGAUCGAUGUUUGACGAUAUCGGCAUUCCUCACUCUCCGGCAGACUUGCGUAUGACUGUCAUCAAAUCCAAAGUUUAUCGGGCAUUGUAUUCCUCCAAGUCAUUGCUGAAAUCCGAUGCGCAGCUUUUGCAAGACAUUCGCGAGCUCGACGACGAGCUCGAGCGUUGGCGCUUGGACAUUCCGCCCAAAUUUCGUCCAUCCCUGGGACACUCUUUCCAGAGUCACGAGAAUCCCUUUCUUCGCAUGCAAGCAAUAGUCUCCCGUUUCGAAUAUCACUAUCUAAUGGUGACAAUCCAUCGAGCGGCGGGUCGCUGUCAGUCUUGGGCCAAUUCUGAUGCUGGAGUAAUGGAGGGUAUCAACUCCAGCAUGCUUCUUGCGGUGGAAGCAAGUCGGUCCACCUUGUUGUUCCUCCGUCCCACCAUUACUUCAAUAUUCCCAGAGGCGUUUUGGAUGAUCACCUUCUAUCCCAUGUCGGCUAUCCUGACGAUCUUUUGCAAUAUUCUGCUCUUCCCACUAGACCCGCGCGUAGAGGAAGAUCUCAAACUUCUCGGCUCUGUCCCUGAUCUCAUCAAGGGAUUCCGCCCGAAACGUCUGACCAGCAACGAAGCGGCACAUUUCACGAUGGUGGCAGACUUUGUGGCCGAACUCAAACGUUUAGGAAACUGUGCUAUUCGCAAGGCUCGUUAUAGUGUGUCGCCAAGAUAG